GAAACCCACCCAGAACCUGCACCCUCUGACACCAUGGUCAGCUCCUGUUGUGGCUCUGUCUGCUCUGACCAGGGCUGUGGCCUGGAGACCUGCUGCCGCCCCAGCUGCUGCCAGACCACCUGCUGCAGGACCACCUGCUGCCGCCCCAGCUGCUGUGUGUCCAGCUGCUGCAGACCCCAGUGCUGCCAGUCUGUGUGCUGCCAGCCCACCUGCUGCCGCCCCAGCUGCUGUCAGACCACCUGCUACAGGACCACCUGCUGCCGCCCCAGCUGCUGUGUGUCCAGCUGCUGCAGACCCCAGUGCUGCCAGACCACCUGCUGCAGGACCACCUGCUGCCGCCCCAGCUGCUGCAUCUCCAGCUGCUGCCGUCCCAGCUGCUGUGUGUCCAGCUGCUGCAGACCCCAGUGCUGCCAGUCUGUGUGCUGCCAGCCCACCUGCUGCCGCCCCAGCUGCUGCAUCUCCAGCUGCUGCCGCCCCAGCUGCUGUGUGUCCAGCUGCUGCAGACCCCAGUGCUGCCAGUCUGUGUGCUGCCAGCCCACCUGCUGCCGCCCCAGCUGCUGCAUCUCCAGCUGCUGCCGUCCCUCUUGCUGUGAAUCCAGCUGCUGCCGCCCCUGCUGCUGCCUGCGUCCAGUCUGUGGCCGAGUCUCCUGCCACACCACUUGCUAUCGCCCAACCUGUGUCAUCUCCACCUGCCCCCGCCCUUUGUGCUGUGCCUCCUCUUGCUGCUGAGCUCCUUUCCUGAACCUGUCUCCUCCCCUUCAGCUCACUUAUCACAGAAGCAGACCUUGUGCAUCUCAUAGACAACUCAGGAGAGGCCAUUCCCACCAACUGUGGGUCCAUAUACUGGACAUAUAUCUAGGAUAUAUGUCCUGGAUAUACAUCUAGAAUAUAUGUUCCCCAUGUUAACCCAAGUGUGAAAUUAGAUGUUAUUUACUGCAAGAAAUUAAUAGAAUUUAUCAAGUUUUAUACCCUAUAUUUGUAUUUAUGGAUACCAAGUUCUUCUGUCCCAAACGUGGAAAUUCUUGCAGGGUUACUCAGGGCAAGGAUGUCUCACUCUCAGAUUUGAAAGUCUGAUUUUUUCACCCUGUAUUUCCUUUUACAGCAAUGUUUCUGUAUCUUUUUUUUUCUGCUUCUGAAUAAAACUCCACCUUUGUCGCAUA